UAGCACUGAUACAGCUUAGUUAAAACAUUUUUAACAGGGGGCGAUCUUCACAAACUCUUUACUUCAGCAAACGAGAUACUUGCUUUUACCCGGCAUACUCUUUACCCACAAUCCCCUUGUAUUUCCGGGUUACUUUUGGAUACAGACUGCGUUUGUUUUGGGUGAUGAGAAGGGGAUUAAAAAAGGGUCUGGGUCCUCGUAACGCUCUGUGACAUCUCCCGACACCAUGGCAAACCUUCCGCCCGGGGAUCCGAAGCUGGUGUCACAGAUAGUGAAUCAUUUAAAGAGCCAGGGGUUGUUUGACCAGUUCCGUAGAGACUGUCUGGCUGAUGUGGACACCAAGCCUGCAUAUCAGAAUUUGCGACAGCGUGUUGACAAUUUUGUAGCAAACCACUUGGCAAAUCACACAUGGAGUCCUCAUCUGAACAAGAACCAGCUGAGAAACAAUAUCAGACAGCAGGUGCUCAAGUCAGGAAUGUUAGAAUCUGGCAUUGACCGUAUAAUAUCUCAAGUUGUGGAUCCAAAGAUCAACCACAUAUUUAGACCUCAAGUGGAGAAAGUUGUUCAAGAGUUUUUGGCCUCAUUAAAUAACAAAGAAGAUCCAAAUGCAAAUCUUCCACAACCUGAAGAGAGAUCUGACACGUCAUCUUUUGUUCCAGGUUCUAUGUCUACAGGUGGACCCAGCACUAGCGUAGCAAAUGAUGCAAUGUCUAUUUUAGAAACUAUAAGUUCUUUGAAUCAAGAAGCAACAGCUGCUCGUGCCUUCACAGAGACUGCUAAUCCUAAAACCAGUGACAAAGUGGCCAAAAAGCUUUUUACCCAACAAAGCGUUGACAAUAGUACGGAAAAAGAUCAAAACGCAGAGGACAACCAAGACAGUGAGAAGUCUACACCGGCUAUCUUAGCUGAAGUGACUGAGCCUGUAGUAAAGCAAGAGGAUUUACCUGACUUUACACCACCUGCGGAAGAUGUACAAAACCCUGAAAAUGAAGCAAUUACUACAGUAAAUACCAACACUCAGAGUGAAGAGCUUCCAAACGACAGUGAGGAACUGAGAGCUAAAGUAUCAGAGAAAAGUGACAAAAAAACAGAGAUCAGUGAGAAAGUAGACAGGAAAGAAGAGAAAAAGGAAUCCAAGGUUGAGAAAAGAAACGACUGUACAAAAAAGAAUGAUGAAGCCUUAAAAAACAAAGACGAAAAAGCUACAAAAGAGAGAGAGAGUGAAAUAGAACCUGUUAAAUCUGUUGCUCCUGAAAAAAGUAGCAGUAAAAACAAAGUAACUGAAGCUGCAAAAGAAGAGUUAAUGGUCGAUUCUGAUAGUGAUGCAUAUUCUGAUAUCACAGUCAGCUCAGUCCACACAAGUGACUUAUCCUCAUUUGAUGAAGAUAGUGAAGGAGAAGAAGAAGUAGCAGCUUCAGACAGCACUGAGGAAGGAGAAAUUACUUCUGAUGAUGAAGAGAAAGCAAAAAUAAAAGGCAAAGCCAAGCAAGAAUCCGAGCAGAAGGAUGGAAAGCCAAAACACACACGUCCCUCUUAUGUGCAUAAACCUUUCCUGUAUUCCAAAUACUACAGUGAUUCUGAUGAUGAGCUAACGGUGGAGCAGCGUCGACUGUCUGUUGCUAAAGAAAAAGAAGAGAGAUUAUUGAGGCGGCAAGUUAAAAGAGAAAAAUUAGAAGAAAAGCGGAAGAAGAAAGCUGCUGAGAAAUCAAAGAUGUUGAAAACGGCAAACCAAGGAAAACCAAGUACUGAUCUGCAGUCGUCAUCUAAAACCUUGAAGCCAAAGUCUAGCAGUAUAAAAGAAGUUCUGAAAGAACAGAUGUUUUUAGAAAAAAAAGAAGCAAUGAGCAAGAGAAAAAAUAGAGACUCAAGGCCUGAUAAAACAAAAAGUGACCAUACUGAACAAGAUCCUAAGGAUUCACAGAAAUUUAGUGAGUCUCAUACGAAAACUACUUCAGCCACAAAAGAAGCAAAACACAGCACCAUUGCUCAAGGUGAUAAUAAGCAUUCUAGGAAAUUAAUGGAAUCUUUAGAAGAAUGUAAAAGUGACUCCAGGUCAGAAAAAGAACAUAAGAAGAAAACCUCUAUAUCAUUAGAGAGAGUACAACAAGAUCAUGAUACAUGUGAAUCAAGAAGGCAAGUGGAGCGACUUGACUCUAACUCUGAAGAGCAUCAAAGACAGAAGAGCAGUGUUAAGCCUGACAAAAAUAUAAAAAAAGAAAGUAAUGAUACUGAAAUACAUAGUGCAAAGACCUCUCAAAAGAAGGAGACUAAGUCACACAGGAAUGAACGUGAACGGACUCUAUCUGAAGAUAGAUCAUCCUCCAAGCAUAAAUCUAUGCAUAAAUCAAAUGAUGAUUCUAAGAGGAAUAUUAAAGAUGAUGGUUUUCAAAAGCUUUCUCAAAGAAAGUCCUCUUCAGAAGAAAGAUCUGAUCGAAAAAAUAAGCAGAAAAGUGAGGGUAGGUCUUCCUCAUAUAAUAGAGACGAAAAAACAUCUGUGAGUGAACAUGCCAACAAAAGAGACGAAAGUGUGCGCAAAGAUAGUCAUAAACGAGACCGGGAAAGACAUCAGUCCACUGAAAAAUCAAGACAAGAAAACAAAUUUAAACGGGAUCUUGGAGAUUUCAGAACUCAUAGAGAUUCUCAAAGCACUUCACGACUGCAUAGCACAACUCCAAAAAGAUCAAAAAGUUAUUCUGAAGAUAAAAAUGAGACAGAUUCCACUAACUCUGAUUAUUCAAAGAAAGAGGACUCUCUACAUAAAGAAGGCAGGCAAACUCAAAGCUGUUCGGAAGAAGUUUCAAAAGCUAAAUUUAAGAAUAACAAAACUUCACUGAAAAUAAAUGAUCAAGAAGAGAUUAACCAAAAGACUGAACGGGAUAAGACUCAUGUAGAUGUUUAUAUGGAAAAACACCGUAAAUCAAAGUCUGAAGACAAGGAUAAUGAAGAUAAAAAUGAAAAUGCAAUGCCUCAGAGCUCAAAUACAGUAACGAAAGAAAGUGGCUAUAAAUCAAAGUAUACAGGAGACAAAGGAAGAGAAAGAUCAAGGUCAGACAAUAGAGACCGUGCUUCUUCUAAAACUGACAAGAAAGUGCUAGAUGUAAAUCAUAAAAGUUCCAACUCAAAACACAGUCAUAAGGACCUUAAGCAUAAAGAAGGCAGCAAUAGGUCAGAAGAAAAACUUUCAAAAUAUACAGAUGAGAAAAGAAUAUAUGAAAAACGAAACAGUUUAGAUAGAAAGUCAAGUAAAAAGUCACCUGAUAAUAAAGUUGAAAGCUCUAAAGUUCCCACUCUUAAGAGCACAUCUGACCUCAGCAGUGCUGUUACAGAAAAGGUUAAAUUACCUACAUCACUUUCAGUUUCAACAGAAGAAAAAGAAAUGUCCAGUUCUAAUUUAGAGCACCGUCACAUAUCACUGGAUGACUCGGUAAAUGAAACCCUUGAAAAGAUGGAUAUUGAAAAUUGUCUUGCAACACAUUCUCAGGAUAUCAAUGCUAACUCUGAAGUGACUGGUGUAGUUAAAACUAGUACAGUAAAAUAUAAGACACAGCUUGUAGUGAAAGAAAUUAUGCUUAAACCAAUUGGCAAUGUUUGUAAAAAUGUUUGUGUAACUAAGGUAGCUGUAGAAACAAAUACAAGGUUGGAAACUGGAGAUAUUAAAGCAAGUGAUAUAAUUACUCCUGGAACAGUAUCAACAGUAAACAGUUUUAAAAAUCAUAACCAAAAUAUGAUGUCCUCUUUACAUGUAAAAGCUGAUAAUGUGUCAAAUAUGAAUGUGAUAAAUUCAGAAACCACUUCUGCUACUAAGCUGAGCAGUGAACCAGCUCAAGACUUGACUGAUGUCCAGUUCUCUGAACACAGUGAGGGUGAGCAGCAAGUUCCUGAAAUUAAAAAUACUGUCACAGAACCGCUUAAUAAUGAUGGAUCAAAUUUGUCAACUGAUGAUAUGUCUUCUGAAAUAAUGGUGUCAAAUGACAAUGAGAUUUCUACUUCUGAUGUAUGGGGGAAAGUGGAAGAACAAACAGGUGAUAAGGCAGUCAAAAAAGAGCAAACACUUUCAACAAUAUUUGUUUCAAUGGACAGUACAAAGACAGAUGAUAUGGUUACUGGAAAUGAUGUUGAAGAUGAUUCUAAUACAGAAAUACAUUCAGAUGUCACAGAAAGUAAUGACAAAACUUUUGUAAAUCAGAAUAGUGUUGGGGUGGAAGAAACAUUUGACAUUGAAACAUGUACAGAAAGUAAAGUGGAAAGUACAAUUGUUGAAAGUAACACAAGAGAAAAUAACACUGCUCCUUUGAGAGAUCGUGACUUGAGCAGUACAUCGUAUUCCUCCUCUUCAACCAUUGUUUACGAUAACAGCCAAAAAAAUGAAAGUGAAAACAUUGCAACAUCAUCAAGUUCUGAAGUGGAAAAAUCUGAAAUUAUAAGAGUUAUUUUUUCUUCAAGUUUGUGUGAGAAUGCUGCAACAUCUUCUAGUAUCCAUAUUCAUAAAGGACAUAAUGAAAACGCCAUACUAAGCCUUAUUAAUAAUAGAGAAUAUGCAGCUAGUACAUCUGCUGUGGUUGAUGGUAACUUUGCUGAAGACGAAAUGGACAUGACCGUUUUAGCAGACAAUGCCACAGAGGAUGCAACUACUUCAUCCAGCUCUUACGUUAAGAACUGCUUCGAAGUUCCUUCCUUAGAUACAUCUUUUUCUUCAGAAAAGAGCAAUGAAAGUGCAGCAACUUCUUCGCAAGCUUUUACAGAUAUGGUGGAAGAGGCUGAAAUGAGUAACUGUACACUAAAAGCAGCUACUUCAUCAAGUGCAAGAGCUUCUAUAGUUUCAAUCAAUAGAGCAACUUCAGAAAAUGCUCAAGACAAUAUAGCAACCUCUUCAUAUAUUGUUAAAAAUAAUAGUAAUCUAGACAUUUGUGAAAAUGGUAUUAAGCAUGCUGCCACGUCUUCAGACAACACAACGGAAAAUGAUAGAAACAUAAGAAUUUAUGAAAAUGUUGUUACUCACCUUGCAACCUCUUCUAGUAGUGUGAGCGACUGCAGAAGGGAAUCCAAUUUUGACGUUUCUCUUGUGUCUUCUGAAAUUGACAAUGAAAAUACAGCAGCCUCAUCCAGUAAUGUUAUGGACAGUAGUAUGGGCGAGCCAUCUAACAUAUGGUUAAAAGGGUCUGUGGACAGGGAAAAUGAGAACACAGCAACUUCCUCAAGUUCUUCAACUGAAAAGUGCAGGAAUAUCCAUAAUGAAGUUUUUGGAAAUGUUGAGGACAGUAAAAAUGCAAGAGCCACAUCAAGUACACAGCAUGACACUACUACAAAUCACAUUUGUGUACAUGAUUUAACUUUGGCAACUCCUACAGAAUAUCCGGCAAACUCAUCUGACUUUGUUAUGGAUAGUAGCACUGAAGUAUUAGUUUCUGUUAGCAGUGAAAUGGACUCUAGGGGUACCGCAAGUUGUUCAAGCAGUGGUAGAGAGCAAAUUAUUGAAGAUCAAGAUUUGGGCCACGAAAGAGAAAAGGAUAACAAUAUGGCCUCCUCUAGUAGUGCAUUGGUUGUGUGCAUGGAAGAUAACUCAAAUCCUGUAGUUCCAAGUUUCAGCAGUAGUGCUGAGGCUGCAUCUUCAAGUUCCUAUAUGGAUAGUAGUACAGAGCAUAUGUUGAUUAAAUCUGUGUUAAGUUCAGAUAAUACUGAAGCAGCUGCAUCUUCAAGUAUUACAUUAAACAGCAGUACCAAGCAGGUGGCUGUUGCUUCCAUAAUAUUCCCAGGAAACAGUAAUGAUAACACAGCAACGUCUUCUAGCAGUUCUUCUAAUCAUUGUUUAGCUCCAGUCAAUCUAACCAACAAUACACACGCUACAGCUUCUUCAAGUGUUACAAUGGACAGCAGUACAGAAGAGGAUUCAGAUACAGUGGAUAUAGAAGGUAGAUCAAAUGCUGCUUCCUCAUCCUCUUCAGACACACUUCAUAAUAAUGUCCAUCUAGAGCAAAAAGUUGUAAGUUUUAUAACAUUACCAGAAAAAAGGGUUGGAGCUACAGCUUCUUCAAGCACUGCAGUAAGCAGUAGGUCAAAAGAACAAACGGAAACAAUAGUUUCCCCAGACAAGAGUGCAGAAAAUGCUGCAUCAUCCAGUGAUUCUAAAACAACGUAUAAUAAAAGUUAUGAUGUGCUUGCUAAUAAUAAUACAGCUUGUGCUAGUACUUCAAGUAAUUAUAUUCAAAGAUUUACCGAAAAUAGUAUGGAUGAAGGAAAUGUUUGCUUUGAAAUGAAUAGUGAAGCUACAGAGGCUUCUUCAAGCAAUGCAAUUGAAUUUAUAUCGGAUGAUGGUGGAGACAAUGCAACAUCAUCUGGAUGUUUGAUUGGCAAUAAAUUAGAGAGUGAGAAAGUGUCUCGGACUACAUAUCAAGAUAAAAAUGCAGAAGCUGCUAGUUCUUCCAUGGUGUUUACUGCAAGUAUUCAUGAAACUAGAACUGAUGAGUCAUUUGGCCGCCAGUCUCUUGAGGAUGCCACAACUUCUUCCAGUACCGAGAGAGAAAAUGAAAAUAAUCUCUGCAGUAGAUCAGCAGAUGUAGAGAUGUGUCAAAAUAAUGAAAGCAGGCCUGGUAUAAUAGAAGCUGCAGCAGAGUCGAGUUUUAUUGCCUCUGGAAGUGACACAACCAUCUCUGGUACUUCAGAAGAAGCAGCUGCUGUCUUACCAGUUUCAAGGGCUAAUGAAGAAACUGAACUCGCAGUAAUGGAUUCAGACUUACGUGUAAAUAAUUUAAACUAUGAGAGGAUAGAUGAAAAGGAGGAUGCUGUAAGUAGUGCAAGCUCAGCAGAACAAAUAGCGUUUAGUAAUGGCUCUACGGUGACAACAACUGCUGGAGAUGGAGAAAUUGAUGGUGCCGUAACUAGCGCUGGUGCAGAAAUAAGUGAAUCAUCACAGCUAAGUGAACAAUCUGAAGCAUUUGCUCAUGUGAGCUGUGUAAACAUAGAGGAUGCUGGCAAUGGCAGCAAUUUGUUUGAUAACAGCUCUGAGCAGGAAGCGACUAUUUCUCAUAAUAGUAGAACAGUCAUUAAUGAAAGUCUUAUGUCUGGAGCUAAUGUGGACCUCAGAGAUCUUGAAAAUGAUGAAAACUGUGUCUUAGUUGAAAAUGCACAUUAUGAAACCUUAGCGUGUGUGGCUACAGAGAAUGAAGCAGAAACACAAGUAAAUGUUCCAGUAUUGGAAGAAGGUGAAGGUGCUGUUACCAGUACAGGUAUAGAAGAAAAUGAUGACAGCAAAGUAAGCAUAGACAGAGGGCAAGAUGAUACUUCUUGCUCAGGGAUGCAGAGUGAAGGAAGUGUUAAUGUUGUGACCAGUCCAGAAAAUCAAAACUGUACUGUUACAGAAGAUGAUGAGAGUGCAAUUACAAGCACCGGUGCAAAAGAAGAUGAAGAGGAGGGAGAAGGAUUUGUUACUAGCACUGGAACAGCAAAUGAAGAUUCUUCAUUCUCUGCAGUAACAGAAGAAAAUUCUAACAGUGCUGGAAUAAAUGUAGUUGAGAACAUAAUCGAAAAUAUAGAUUUGUCAGCUAAUACAGAAAAUAGAGAAUAUGAAAUUAACCAUACGGUUGAUGACAUCAUGACUAACGAGGAUAUGAAUUCACAAAACAGAGAUUUACAGAACAGUAUAAAAAGCGAAGUCAUAAGAAUAUGUGAACAGUCCAUAGAAAACUCAGGAGAAGACACAAUAAUAAUAUCCAAUUCCUUGCCUACUAAUCAAGUGCUUGAUUCAGAGAGAGAAGGGACUUCUGAUCUGGAUAUCACAUUUUCUGACCGUGCUGAAGAGCAAUCUGAAGAGCCAGCAAGUGAGCUGAACACCACAUUAGUAGAACAUGAUGCAGCCAUGAUUGGCAAUGAAUGUAUAAUUAAAAAUAGCAGUGACUGUAUAAUGAAUAUUGCUACUUCAUAUGAAAAUUUAGACAGUAGAAAAGAUGAUAUCCAAGAUAACAAAAAUAUUAACCAAGUUCCUUCAAAAGACAAUACUGUUGUAGACAGUAACAAGCUUAGUUACACAAGCUGUGAGCUUCUUAAGAAUGAUGAACAUCCCAUUUCCAAAUCAGAAUCUCAAUGCUUCCCAACUGAUACAACUGCUUCUGCUACAAAUAAUACUGUCAUUGAUGAAGGAAGUAAACAUUUGGAGGAUAACACAGAAUCAGUCACAGCUCUAACCACUAUCGUGUGUAGUGUUGAAGAAACUGUGGCAGAGCCAAACGAUAACAUAAGCAAUGUUAUAAAGGAAAGGCUUGACAGUCCAGAAGAUGAAGACAAUGGGAAAGAAGUCUUGUGUGACACUGGUGCUGCGGAAGUGCUUCCAAAUGAUGAGCUUGGUGCUGAUUUUUCAGAGAAGUCUGAGUUGCAGGAGGUGAGUGGCGCCUUCAGCAGAACUGAGGAUGCUUCAAAUUCUAUAGCUUUUAACUCUUCUUCAGUCUCAAAUGAAGACGACAAAGGCACUGCUGCUAUCUCUUCUGAGGCUAAGGAAAUAGUGGAGAAAUCCAACAACCAUAAAACUGAAGACCAAGUGGAAAAGCCUAAAGAUUCAGAAGAAGUAGAAAAUCACUAUAAAAAAUCUAAAUUGCCUGAAACAGAUGUUAUUGAAGCGCUUCCAAAGGAUGAAAACUGCAAUACCAACAAUUUUCAACAUGAUACCAAAUCGGAUCAGCCUAAUGAGACUUCCAGUGAGAAGGACCAAACCUCAGAUGAAUCAGCUCAUUCUGACUCUGCAAAAAUUAAAAGACCAAGUGGACAAAAGAGGGCUGCAAGUUGCCCAGACGGACAAACAGCUAGCAACCAAACAGAAAAGAAUGAAAUACCUGUUACCGUGAUUCAAGAGGACCAGAAAGACACUUUAGAAAAAUUGCCAGAAGAGCUGCAUCAUGAAGACCAGAACCACCAGAGUGAACAUUUGGAACAAGAGGUGGAGUCACUAGUUCAGAGUUCAGAAGAUACAGAAGAAACAACUCCUGUGCAAAUAAAAAAGCGAAGAGGACGCAAAAGUCUUGCACAACUGAAAGAAGAGUCUAGUAAGGAAGAUGAUAAUACGAAAACUGAGGAGUUGACUCAUUUAAAAGUAAAACCAGAGGAGGAAGACCAGCCUAAAAUUGAAACUGAGAAAAGAAAAAGAGGAAGACCUCCCAAGAACCGUAAUCUAACGGCAACCUCUAAUGUUGAGACACCAGUGAAGCAAGAGUCUUCUGAAGAAGGAACAAAUGUACAGAAAGAAGCUGUAGACUCUGCUCAUAACAAGCAAGGUACUCCGGAAUUAGAGAACAAGAAAGAUCAGAAAAGCACUCAUGUGGAACCUGAGGACAAAAGCUUUGAAACUGUUCACAGACAAGAAAGAAAGCCUAAACGUUUACGGAGUUCAUCAGGGAGCGAAAAUGGAGAGCCGGAUAAAAAAAACAAGAAAUCUGAAUCUGAUGAAGAGGAGGAGGAGGAAGGGGACGCUGGGACAGAUGAUGAAGAGGAGGAGGAGGAAGAAGAUGAUGAUGAACACAAGGGUGCCACAACAAGAGCUGCAUCACGACUGGAAGCACAGAGGAAUCAACCACACAAGCCUACAACACGUGCAGCAUCAAAGUUAAGCAGCCCUAAUGAAUCAUCUGCAAAACAGAGGAAACGCAAAGAAAAAUCUCUUCCAGAAUCAAAGAGCAGCAAAAACACACCUGUGAGAUCAAAGACUCCUCAAACAAGCACGGCUAAGAGAAAGAGAGAGAGCAGUCCCGCUGAAACCCCAGCAAAAAGAACAAAGCGCCAAUGAAUCGUGCUUGUAUUGGAACACGUUUUUUGUUAAGAUAUAUUUUCUAUAUUAUGCUGUACCCCAUAAAAAUACCAAACAUUUUGUUUUUAUAUUAUUUAAUACUUUGUACAAAGUGUCAUUUGUUCAUAAGGUGCUUACAAUGUUCAAACAGAUGUACAAUACAGAAUGUCUGAGUUUUUUUGACUUUCAUAUUCCAUUGUUGUUUAGUACUUUGGUAAUUUUAGGUUGUAAAACAAAAGAGUAAAGAAUUAUGCUGUAUAUAGUAAUGCAAAAUAGGUGCCUAAACAUUGUAUUACAGUUAUUGGUGGUUAAUUAUUUGAUGGUAUGGAUAACCCUUCAACAUUCUUGCUUAAUCAUUAAUUCUGUGUAUUAACAUUUGAUGGACCACCCUUGCUCUCAGUUAAGUCUAAACUAUUUAGACAAAAAUGGUGAAAAACCUUCUUUAACUUAAACUAUGAUUUGGUACUUCAGUUACAUAAAUGUCUGCUCCAAGAAUUCAGAGUACAUUAUUUCUUUUUUUCUUGACUAAUUUUUAUCUAUUUACAAGCUGCAAAUCUUACUUUUCUCAAGGCAUAAACUGUAAAUACAAAACAUUUCUUAAAAAAUACACUGUUAAAUAACAUUUUCUUUUUAAUUUAAAUCAAAAACAGCAAGUUGUCAUUUUUUGGAUAACUAUGGAACCAAUGAAGCGAAAUAACCUGUAUGUGCUUGUUUAAUUUAUCCCAGCCUGGAUUCAAUUUGUAAAUAUUUUCAGAACUUUUUUUUUUCUUGUAUAGUUUGUUUUCAUGUGGCAUUUUGUGUAUGUUAAUCACAGCAAUUCUAUAUUGCAAGAUGAUAUAUUCUAUAAGGGCAGAUUCUCUUCUAUACCAGUAUUAUAUUUUGCUGUGAUCUUGCCAAAUCAUAUAUGUUAAUGCCUUCUAUUCUUAUCAUUUCUAAUCCACAUUGUGUUGUAUUUUUAUCUUGGUUGCUCAGUGUAUCAUUUUUGUGCAACAUCUUAGUUUCUUACUGAAGUUUUUUACAUAAAUUAUAAACUGGUUCCAGAAA